CGUUGUCGUUUCGUAUUCUUUGUUUAAACUAGUUGAUGUUUACCGUGGAAUAUUUGAAUUCUAGUUUGUCUGUUUCCCCCACUCUUCUCUAGAAGCUGUACUCACCUCUGUCUUGGAACUCUGUAAUGGCAGAGGAGGGGAAUAUUUCAUCUGUGUAGAAGGCUUUUGUUCUUAUCAAGAGGCAAGAAAAAACGUGUAUUUUUUUAUUUUUAAAUAUUUAUAAUGCUAUUCUUCGAUGAAAGAUGUGCUGCAUUGCUUAUUCGUCUUCUAGUUUGAUGGGGUGCCGUAAAUGUUGGCGCUCAUUUUCCAGGAAUGCUAAUGCUGAAUGCAUUUAGCGAGGAAUCGGGAGAUUCUGUACCAUUCUGUAUUGUUUCGUUUCUUGUUCCUUUGUGAAGGGAACGCGUUGUUUUUAGAAAUGAAUGUGGCAAUCUGACCUUGUUUAUUGAACCGGUAUGGUUCCUUUUCUCUGUACUAGUGGUUCCGUGUUUCUGGAACUUAAACGCUGUGUGCGCAACACUUCAUUUUGAGUGGAGGAUUUGAUUUGUUUUGGAGACUGAUGGAUGGGCGGCGGCAUUCUGUGGAUCUUCCUAUCUCAAGGACCCUAGUAGCACUGAGGAGAGUUAGGUCACUGAGGGAUCCGUCCACAAAUUCUAUGAGCAAAUUCUCUGCUUUGGUUGACACUGGGAACUGGGAAAUUGAUUCGAGUAAAGGGAUUUCCCUGCAAUUCAAGAACGAUCGCCAAGAAGGUGGCUCUGAUGGUGAUGCUUUGAGAUCAAAGAAUUUAGGUUUCUAUGGACUAAGAGAGGGUUGUGCUGAUGAUUUUGAGCUAAAUUGCGGUUUGGGAAAAAGCAAGUUGAACUCAGGUAAGAACACGGGUUGGGUAGGAAAGACAGGCCCUCCUAGCAAGACCAAACAGAUUGAUGGAUCAGAUUAUUGUGCAUCAAAUUACAAACCGCUGACUGAAAGGUAUUUUGACGAUCAUGAGGAUACUAGAUUGGAUUUGACAUGCAUCACAUCCUCCAGCAAUCGUUUUGAGGACCUCGAUACCUAUAAGGAGCCAACUGUGGAAUCAUCACGAGCAGAACAGGCAGAUCACAUCAUAUCAACACAAAAGUUGCCAUAUAAAAAUUGGGUGAAAUCAUUCGGGGUUGUGAGUGAUGGAGUGAGUUGUGAAGCUAGUCCAUGUGCAUCUGUAAGUGAUGCUAUUUCGGGCCAUACUGCACCACUAUUGGAAAAUGAAGAGGAUGAUGAUGUAGAUGACAGUCAUCAUGGCUGUGGUAUAAGCUGCUGCUGGUUAAGGACUCCUAAAUUUAGAGAAUCGUAUCUUUCUUAUGAUGCAGAAGAACAUCCCUUAGUAUCUGGGGAUGUGGAUAGCCCUGCAUUUUAUAAAAAGAGGAUCUUGAAACAUAUUAAUAAUGAGAUCACUCCAUAUUCAGAAACUCCUAGGUGUUUGAGUGAGAAAUUCAGGCCAAAGUCUUUCAGUGAAUUGGUUGGACAAAAUGUAGUUGCAAAAUCUCUGUUGGGUGCCAUCUCUAAAGGCAAGAUGACAUCAUUUUAUCUCUUCCAUGGUCCCCGUGGCACAGGCAAGACCUCUGCUUCAAGGAUAUUUGCGGCAGCACUGAAUUGCCUAUCGAUCGAGGAGGAUAGGCCAUGUGGACUGUGUCGAGAAUGUGUUCUGUUCUUUUCUGGAAGGAGCAUGGAUGUUAAAGAAGUGGAUUCUGUGAGAAUUAAUCGGAUAACUAGGGUUAGAUCCCUUUUUAAGAGUGCAGCCAUCCCUCCCGUUUCCUCGCGGUUCAAGGUUUUCAUUAUUGAUGAAUGCCAGUUGUUAAGGGGGGAAACAUGGGCAGCUGUUCUGAACAGCCUAGAUAGCCUUUCUCAACAUGUCAUUUUUGUAAUGAUCACUCCUGACCUGGACAGUGUGCCUCAAAGUGCGUUGUCACGGUCGCAAAGAUAUCACUUCCCAAAGAUAAAAGAUCUUGAUAUUGAAAACAGGUUGGAGAAAAUUUGCACCCAAGAGGGUCUCGACUUUGAUCAGGCUGCUUUGAACUUUAUUGCCUCUAAAUCCAAUGGUUCACUUAGGGAUGCAGAGAUGAUUCUUGAUCAGCUAAGUUUGCUUGGUAAAAAGAUCACUAUGGCCUUGGCCUAUGAGCUUAUCGGGAUUGUUUCUGAUGAUGAAUUGCUUGAUUUGCUGGAUUUGGCUUUAUCAUCUGACACUUCAAAUAUGGUAGUAAGGGCCAGGGAACUCAUGAGAUCAAGGAUUGAUCCUAUGCAACUUAUAACACAGCUGGCGAAUCUCAUUAUGGACAUUCUUGCCGGUAAAUGUCAGGAAGGUAACUCUGAAGUCAGAAGAAAGUUCUCCACUAAUCAUAACUCUGAAGUGGACAUGAAGAAACUGAGUCAUGGAUUGACAAUACUUUCUGAAACGGAGAAGCAAUUUAGGGUGUCUAAGAAUCAAACAACAUGGCUCACUGUAGCUCUUCUACGUUUAAGCUCUAUGGAGUCUUCUUCCCUGGAUUCAAAUGACUCAAACUUUUGUUUGAAACGUGCACAAGACCAAGAUGGUGAUUUUUGCACUUUGUCUGCCACUGGGGAUGGGUCAAAACAUCUUGUAACUUGUUCUUUUGACGACCAUAAACCGUAUAAAUUGGGAAUACAGGAGGAUUGUAAAGGCGAGUUAGAGUCCAUAUGGAAGAGAACUACAGACUUGUGCCAGUCCAAGUCACUCAAGAACUUCCUAAAGAAACAAGGGAACCUGUCAUCUCUUUGUGUUAAUCAAGGUCUUGCAGUAGCUGAAUUGGAAUUCCAACAUCCUGACCAUGCAUCUAAGGCUGAAAAGUCAUGGAAACAGAUUGCUAGUUCACUCCAGUCUAUUCUUGGUUGUAAUGUAGAGAUCAGGAUCAACCUUGCGAAUUGUGUUCCCAAUCCAAAGUGCCCGAAAGUGAGCAAGCCAUCUUUCUGUUUGUUUUGUUGUUCUAGUAGAAUGCAGUGGAAGCCACACUCAUCCAUUGACCAUGGAAGUGAUUCAGACCUUUCUGAAUACACGUCCAAGAAGGCUAUUAUAAAAGAUAGACCAAAUUUAACUUCUACCUCAAAUGGGGGUUGCCAAAUGCCACAAUGCUCCGAUCACAGAGCUGAGGCUGUAAGGACACUGAGAAAUAGUGAAGGAAAUGUGUUGAGCAUAGGGAUGGCCUCAUCACUCAGAUCAUCGGAGAAUGAUAUGCCAAAGAUGCAUAUGUUAGGAGUUGAACCUUUGACAGAAGAGGGUGGAGGUCAGGAUUUGUCUAUUCACAAACCAGAGGAUGGGCCGAGCUGUUUCUCGAGAAUACUAAGGCUUCCAAAGAAUUUGCAUCCCGCAGACUCUUCUCAGAUGAUCCCUCCGGGUAUAGAAAAAGGAAACAAGUGCAUUGUCUUUCCGUGGGACAUUGUCUUUUGAAACUUCUCUCUUGUGAUCCUGAUGUUUGCUCUAACAACUAUACUAGCAACUCUAUAGAUGACAAUGGGCUUGCAGCCAAGGCAUCCAUCCCCACAUAAGGCUCCAACUUGGUGGGCUGAUGAAAAGUUUGCUGCGUCGUGCUUAUUUGGGAAACCUCAUGCCUGCUUAUAUCUUGAACGUUAAAGCUAGCUUUGGUCCCAACGAAUUGCAGACCCAAAACCAAUAAAAAUUUUGGAAUUACAUUUCCCAUUCUCAAACAGAUACAGUAACUCGCAACGAGUUACCUUAGCUACCAAAGUUGUUGCAUUGUGUUUUUCAAUUACCAAGAAAUUGUAAAAUGCAUCCUCGAUUAAGAUUUCGACUCUUAA